UAGUUAAUUGCUUUGUGAUUGCCACUAUCGCCACCACCACUGCACAAUCUACCUCCUGCCGGCUUGAUAACCAAAAUAACCUGUAAGAAUUUAUCACACCAUACAAUAUUUUAUUGCAGUCAUUUGUGUAAUGUUUUACAAUAGGAAAUACUAUAUGACGCACGGUAGAGUAUCAGUCAAAUUCGUAAAGUAUGUAAAGUAGGGCAUGACACUUGGCUAGAAGAGAAAACCAUCGAUGGGCCAAAGCAGUGAAGAGUGGUGGCCGAGACAGGGAGACCAGUUAGUAAAACCACCAGCUGCUGGUCAGAUGACAUUGUUAGGAUCACGAGAAAGCGAUGGAUGAGACUGGCACAGGACCGAACAAAGUGACGUCAGUGAAAAAUGGGAGGUGAUGUAGGCUGAAAAUGUUGAUGAUGAUUAAGAAGGUUUUAUUCAAGAUCAUAUUAAAAAACUAAUAAGUUAACGAUUUUAAUAUGGCUUUUAUCGUCAAAUAGUCAUAUGCAUCGAGUCUUUGGCAUCAGUAUAGAAAUCAUGUUGUUUUAAAACGGCUAACUCUCUUUUUCUCAGCUGAGCGUUUUACCGGUUGCUUCAUCAACUGUGAGCUGUUGAAAAUUUCUCUCUUCUCUGAUGCUUGAUAUUGUGAGUGACUUAGCUCCAUUAAAACAUUCUACUUUUAGUCAUUCCCUUACAAGACUUGUCCACAUUUUAACUUAGUAUUAUUAAUCGGACAGUUUAAGCAUCUCGGUAAGCAAUAAAGAUAGGCUUUCGAUAAGGAAUAUCGACAAAGCCGAGAUCAUAUAAUUUUACAAUUUAAUAAUCUUUUGAUAUCAAUAUUUUGGACAUAAACAAAUAACAGUCGGCAACGCCUCUCUAAAAAAACUCCGCGAACUUGGACCACAGAUAACAUGUCUUUUUAUAUUUAGAUGGAUAGAAAUUUAGUACUUUGUUAUUAUAUAUCUUAGUGGGUGCUUUGGUAAGUAAAGUUUGUGAUAUUGUGGAAUCGAAUCAUAAUGACACCAAGCAUAAAAGAUGGAAAAGCUGUACCUUUUGAAAUUGCUUUGGACCAAACUGGUUUCGGCUGGUACAGCGGCAUCCUCACAGCAUUGGCCGGGAUGACCAUUAUCUCGUUCAUGUGGAUCUCCACUGCCACGUCCAUCAUCAUCCCAUCUAGCGUCUGCGAGCUCAACACCACCAGCGCUCAGCAGGGGCUGAUGGCCGCGGCUCCUGUUGUCAGGUCAGUGAUGGGAGCAGCAGCUUGGGGCUACCUCGCGGACCGGCGCGGCAGGCGCAAGAUGCUGAUGUGGUCUCUCUUCCUUGGAUCCACGGUCAAUGCCCUCGCUUCUCUAUCUGUGAACUGGAUCAUGCUGAUGAUCCUUCAGUUUCUAGCUACUGCUAUGGUAGCAGGCCAGUACGUGAUCUCCAUGACCCUGCUCAGUGAGAGCGUGCCGAUGGCCAAGCGAAACGUGUUGGUGUUACUAGUCAAUAGCAUCUUCAUGCUCGCUCAGGGACUUAUGGCCGCCAGCGCUAUACCCAUAAUGCGUCUACCUUUUUCCUACCACCUCCCUGCCCUUGACAUCUACUGGAACUCCUGGCGGACGGUCCUGCUGAUCUACUCCGUCCCCAGUCUGAUCUGUCUCUGCUGGCUAUACUGCAUGAAGGAGAGCCCCAAAUUUGUCCUCGUAAACGGUGACGAACUCGGCGCAAUCAAGAUAUUGAAAGUUAUUCACAAGAUUAACAAGAAUAAAAAUGAACUUGAGGUGGCAGGACUGAUUCGACCCGACGGCGAGCAAACCUCACUGUCAGCAAAGGAGCAGAUGCGGCCGCUGUUCAGAAGACCACUGCUGAAGACAGUGGUGAUUAUGACGACGUUGCUCAUUUUCCAACUAAAUGGUCCGUUCAUCAUCUGGUUGCCCCGCAUUGCGGACCAGUUCAUGACCAUCUUGCAAUCAGGGGAGAGCGACGGGCUCACCCUCUGCAAGAUCAUCGAGCUCAGCUUGGUCACCCCCAGUGAUCCUAAUGCCGUGCCGUGUGCGCUGAAUGAGACUGCAUUGAUGCUUGUGUUGAUCGUGGGAGUGUUCCAGUGCGCAGCCAACGUGAUUGUUAGCCUUUUGGUCGACAUGGUGGGCCGCCGUAACAUGGUGAUGAUCGUGACUUCCAUCUGCGGGUUGGCAGGGAUCCUGGUCAAUUUGGUGCCUAAUGCCAUAGCCAGUGCUGCGCUGUUUGUCCUUAACCUGGUCGGCCAGCUGACCUUGGGGUUAUAUACUGCUAUUUCUGUCGCGAUCAUACCAACACAACUUAGGGCCAUGGCCAUCGCCCUGUCGAUCACCGCCGACCGCAUCUGCACCUUCGCCAGUGUUCAGAUCCUGAACUACUUACUGGAGAACUACUGCGAAGUGGGCUUCUACGUGUACUCCGCUAUCUUCGCUUCUUCAGCCUUAGUAGCAUAUUUACUGCCAGAUGACAGACGUAGAAAACCACACGCUAGAAAUAUCAUUAUUUCUAAGCUAUGAUCACGGAAAGUUUAGACAUGACAACAAAAGACCUAUAAAGGGUCAGAGAAGA